UGUAUGGACCAGUCUAAACUAUAGGGAGUUAUUUGCUUCAAGCUUCCGAUCUAACCGCUGACAGAAGCGAGCGUUCGAUCAGGCUACGGAAACAAGCCUCUGUGAUUAAGCCAUCAGCUGCGGUUUCUGGAAAUAUUUGAUCAUUUGAAAUUAGUGACAUAAUUAUUUUCUUUCAAUUUGCGCCUUGAAAAACAAGCUCUCAUCUUUUUUCCUGAAGACGUGACCUGUUUGAUAAUGAAUAGUACAAAUAUAUCUACGAAUGGUACAGUACCGGAAUGCUAUGAGCUGAGUAGUGCUCUUCACUGCAUGAGCAAAGAUGAUUUUAUCAAUUCGAUUCUGAAGAAACACAUUUUUCCUACAACGACUGAAUGGGUGUUUGUUAUCCUCCACAUCAUAGUGUUUUUGGUGGGUGUUCUUGGUAACUUCUUGGUGUGUUUCGUUGUAUGCAGGAGCAAACACAUGCAAACAGUGACUAACUUGUUCAUAGUGAAUCUGGCUGUUGCAGACUUCCUUGUGUUUAUUACGUGUGAACCUCCAACUGUGCUACAGAAUAUAACAGAGACAUGGUUUCUUGGGAGGACACUCUGCAAGAUCGUCUUAUUCGCACAGACCCUGACUGUCUGCGUGUCAGUCCUAACUCUUUGCUGUAUUGCUGUGGAGAGGUACUACGCUAUCUGCCAACCACUCAGUUCGGACAUAACCUUCAGGAAAGUGUCUAUAACAAUGGUGGCCAUCUGGAUCGCGGGAUCUCUGGUAGCACUGCCCAAUCUGAUUUUCAUGGAGAUCACGAAGACGUAUGAAGACAUAGACAAUUAUCUGGUGUACAAUCGCAUGAGUUGGUCGUACACGACCGAUGUGGCCUACCAAGUAUUCUUGGCACUGGCGUUGUACGUGGUGCCAUUAAUCCUCAUGACCAUUGUGUAUUCUGUCGUGUCCUAUACUCUUUGGAGUGCCAAGGCUCCUGGUGCUGAAAACCUAGGUCGUUCAAACUCUAAAUCUAUACACAAUUCCGCUGACUCACAGCUCAUAGCAAGAAGAAAAGUUGCGAAGAUGUUAAUGGCAAUAGUUGGGAUCUUCUUCGUGUGCUAUCUUCCUCUUAAUUUGUUGUUCGUUGCCAGAUUUACUAAUCUGCUUGGGAAGGCAGGAGAAGACUCGAACCUUCUCCCCGGCAUCUUUCUCUUCUCUCAUUGGUUGUGUUACUUCAACAGUGCCAUCAACCCGGUUAUUUACAAUUUCAUGAGUGUAAAAUUUCGAGAUGAGUUCCGUCGUGUUUUUUCCUGUCAGCCCCCUCCUAAAAGCGGUCGGCUCUUUCCCUCCACAACCUGGACGUCAUCGGUGAACGGCGGAACGAAUUGCUCGGACAAACUGAUCGCCAAAUCAACGUAUAGGUCAACCAAGAACAAAGCUGCCAAUGUGUGAAUGUCAGGGCGUUUGACCAAUACUGCCCCAGAGUACUUGACCGUGGUCAAUAUUGAUUGGACCUUUGAGACGGUUACGCCUUGGUGAUUUCAAAUCCAGGAAUACAUAUUAGUGCCUCGGCAGAAUAGAAGAUUCAGUGGGAGAAUUACGAUAACGGGUUGCGGUAAACCCUGAGGUAAUGGAAGAUUUCAGGUUGUACUUGUUCUGAAACAAGUCGACGUCACUAGACCUCCUUGAGUGGCAUUUGGAAAUCCAAAGGGACACCUUGGGUGAUUGUUUGAAGCAUCAAGGUUAAAGAUUUACCGAAGCAUAACAACAUCAACAUCAACUGCUACGUGUUUGGACAAUGUGCACAUCAGUGAUACUAAAUACCAUUUGAGAAUAAGGCUUAUGUGCUGACGGACAGUUUUGUCGUAUAAUCGCAGGAUAGAUGAAGGGAGUUGUUUUCCGCCUACGUAACAGAACAUACAAGUUGUGAAAAUUCCCAAAUUAACAUUAUCGGACGACACAUGGUCGAUCACAAUUGCUAAAGGUGCUUAUUGAGAUUGUGCAGUCUGCCUUGGAGUAUGUUGCACGUACCAAGAUGAGAUGAUGUAAUAUUCAGACCCUCAGACGUACUUAGGAAAGCCUCGAGAACAAAUUUGAUGUCUCAAUAAUAUUUUACAAGUUUCUUUAAUAGUUCACCGAGUAGUUGUAAAUAUUACCCUUUCAUCAUGUGUCUGUCCCAAUUGGUCAUCAAGACAUAUACUUCCACUAUUUGUCAUUAAGACCUGGAUUCACUAUUUCUCAACUUCAGCCGAAGCAUCAUUAACCCAUAGAGUGUUACUCAGGAACUUUGGAGGGUAUUGAUCCGAAAUAGAUUUUUCGUUGCAAAUCGAUUUCUAAUUUAGGCCCGUCCUUGUGUGUACUGCUAGACGUUCCUAAUGGUAUGGGGGUCUUCAUCUUUCUAAUAGACACCGAUUACACCGAUGUUCCUUUGUUGGGAGAGUCAUCAGGCACAGAAGUUCUUGAGUCAUGAAUUUUAGUGCUUUUUUUGGCAUUACAAAAUAGGCGUUCAGUAAAAGAACAGACACCCAUAGGCUUUUUGUGUUUUGGACAGAGAUUGUAUCAUGUGAAAGGAUUUUGUUGAGUUGAAGUCACUACUGUAUGGUCUAUGAUAAAUAUACGGAUGAGCAUUGAU